CAAGCACAGGUGCAAGUUUCGAGGGUAUAAAGAGGAGAAGCGCGAGAGCCCGGUGCGCACUUUGUGUUUCCACGCUCGGUCACACGCCGCAGAGACUCUUGGAGACAAUUCCUCGUCGUCUUCGUCAUACAAAGUACCCGACAGACACUGACACACGCACAGCACACAGAGGCAGACACAGUUAAUAAACUUGUCCGGUGGUCCGCUCGUCUCAUUCGCCGUUCGUACCUCCGUAGACGAAGACUAAAAAUUCAAUUGAGAUUAAAUAAUUUCUGCGAGCAUUUGACACGUUUAAGCGUCUGGAGAACUUUAAUCGUCGACGGAUAACGGACUUUACGAUAAGCAUCGUUUGUUGCUCGAGUUAUCUUGGACUAACGCAAUCCGAGAAUCUAAUCGCCACCAUGCCGAUCUCGGAAUUCCGCAAGAAGAAGCUGCUCUUUGUCUUCAACACUUUCUUCGAUGUCAACGAGAGCGGUGGCAUCGACGCGGGAGACGUUGACCUCGCGGUCCAGAAAAUAUGCGAGUCGAGAGGCUGGGCCCCGGGACACGAAAAGUACCAGAAGGUCAAAGAAACUCUUCAGAAAGUUUGGGACGGCUUGAAAUCGGGAGCCGACGAGAACCAGGACGGACAGGUAAGCCACGACGAAUGGUACUCGAUGUGGGAAACCUACGCGAAGGAUCCGUCUCAGCCCCUCGAGUGGCAGCAGACCUACAUGAACUUGAUGUUCGACCUCGUAGAUUCCUCCGGGGACGGCUCGAUCGACGAGGACGAGUUCAGUUUGGUCUGCAGCAGUCACGGCGUCCAGGAAGCCGAGUCUCGCGAAGCCUUCAAAAAGCUCGAAGUGGGCCAGGAAGUCAACCGCGAGAAGUUCAUUGCCCUGUGGAAGGUGUUUUUCUCCUCCGACGACCCAAGCGCGCCUGGAAACUUCGUCUUCGGCAAGACUUCCUUCUAAGAAUUUUCGUUUCCAUCCAUCGACGCGAGCACGUCGUGCGUGAUCGUGGAGAAACAUCAAAGCAAAACAAAUAAAGCAGCGAGAGAAAAAACGAGAUUAAGAAAGAAGAGAAACGGAGCGAGAGAUUAAGAGAAAAACGAAAAUCAACGGCUGAAUCCGCGCCACCUUGCAACGCUCGAGUCGUUAACGAACCGUAAAAUUCAAAUUCUCGUUUCGUCGCAGAAUAUAUAAAAUGACGAUUUGUCGGCAUAAUCGUUCUGUAUAUCUCUAGAUAAUUGUUCCUUUCUCGAUAUCCAUGCUUUGGUUGAUCCAUCGCAAGAUUCGAUGUAAAUUAAAUAUUUCAAUGAAAGCAGACAAAAGAUACUCGGUAAUAUAAAAACAAAACAAAAACAAAACAAAACAAAAAAAUUAAUAAAAGUCAAUAAAAAAGAAGAGCAAAAAAAUAACCCAGAAGAAGAAAAAAGAUUAUAAAAUACAUAUAUUGCAUUGUAAUAGAGUGUAUAAAAUCAUCGCUGUCGUGAUCGUGUCGAGUAAUAACGUGUGUGUGUCGUUGCAGAUUAAAAGAAAAGCACAGAGUCAACAGUAACGAGACUAAAAAAAAGCGAAAUCGUCGAUUUUCCACGCUAUUUGUCCUUCGUUUUCACCGCUGACGAGCCGGAAAAUUAUUCUCUAUUUUUUUUCACUUUUUUCCUCAGUAUUCAACGCGAUGUACAUCGAUGUCCAGUCUCGGCGAGCCGCCACGCACGUAUAUACACACAUUUCCAGAGUCUUUCGCGAACGAUUAUAAACAAUGAAAUGUACAAGAAUGAAAAAAACACUGGAUCGGACACGCAAAAAUCAGAUAAUACGAUCGAGUAGAUAAAUACAUAAAAAUAUAUAUAUUCAUAUCGCGCGACGAAAGAAACUGAAAAAAUGAAUCACAAGCAGGCGCUGAGCGCUACGCGUUUUCAUGCUUUUCGAAUGAUUCGAAUUUCUAGAAGCUAAGCAAAGCUACAUAUCUCCGGAGAUUUACACAAAAUAAACCAUAUUAUAUAUAAAUACGCGGAUCGGUUGAAUAAAUUACCCUUCAGUUUUGUUCUGAGUUCGAUUUAAUGAUUACCGAGCUGAAAAUUACUUGGAAAACGAUGGAAAAAGAGUUAGCGAACGCGGAUAUUAAAAAUGAGAAUGAAAACAUUGUGGUAUAUCAAUCACUGCCCGAAAGAAUAUAAUAUCGAAGCGCAGUGUAUUUUCUUUCCCUUUCCUGCUGUCCGGAAUACGUAGUAGACGUACACACGUAUCUCUGUCGUUGUAAAUAAUAACAUUGUAGUUCAUGUCCGUUAGAGAAAAUAAUAAACAAUGAGAAGAAAUAUACGAAGCAAAUAAAGGAUGGUAAAAAUGAGAACGAGGGAGAAACGAGACACGAAAUGGCGGAAAAAUAAUGAGUGUACAGUGCCACGCGUCAAGGCCAAACUGCGUCAAUAGCUACAACCUUUGUUGGUUAUGUUUACGGGACGAUCGCUCUGUCGCGGAGAAAGCGCCUCAAUUUUCUGUCGAGCGCGCACUUCGUCGCGCGUGUGUCUCUCGUAUUUUAUUUUCAUCGAUACAUUGUUUUCUGUGCUCGUUUCGAAUCACGUCAGUGGGUUUAACCCGGUGUGACAAUUAUAUUAAUAAUAUUACUGAUAAUUACUUCACUACAUUGCUCUUACACUAUCCGAUGCGAAUACACGAAAAUAUAAAUGAAUUCUUAUCAUUAUUGACCCUCUUACCAGCAUAGGCAUCGUUUUUGUAAAGAUGCGUAGGGGAGAGAUUUAAAAAAACAAAAGCUCAAAAACGGUCGUUUUGAAUAUAAAUUGCUCGAGGUAAAUCAAAGUUAUGUACGCCAUGAGGAGGUUAUGUUCUGUCCAUCUCACUCUGUAGAGCACGAAGUUCACGUAAAAAUGGAGAUAAAAAAUUUCCUUUCGAAAUUGUUAGCACGUGUUUCCUUGAUUCCUCACUUAUUGUAACGAAAACUAACGUAUUUCGUAGUGAUUCUGAAUUCAUUUAAACUCGAGGAGAUCGUUGAUUUAAACUCGGAAAUAAAAACAUGAUUUAGGAAAA